CUAGGCUCCACACUCUUAACAUCCUAUCCAUCCACCAGCUCUUUACAUGAGAAUCUUCCUUCACCACACAUCAUCGCCAAAAUGCCAAAGGCCGAGGUCGGUUCAACGAAAUACGUCGCAAACCGCAUGAAGGCCAAGGGCCUUCAACGUUUGAGAUGGUACUGUCAAGUUUGCGAAAAGCAAUGCAGAGAUGCAAAUGGAUUUAAACAGCAUACGGUUUGGUCCAAAUCCGAGAUAAAGCAGUGAGCAAGCCAAUCACUAACUAUCAUGGUAGAUGUCGGAAUCUCACGUUCGGCAAAUGUUGCUUGUCGGCGAAGACCCCAAGAAAUACAUAAAAUCGUACACGCAGCAGUUUCAGGCAGACUUUCUUCAGCUUCUCAGGACCGGUCAUGGUGAAAAGCCAGUACAUAUCAACCAUUUUUAUCAGGAGUACAUACGAAACAAGGAACACGUACAUAUGAAUUCUACCUCUUUUGCUAGCUUAACGGAAUUCGCGAAACAUCUUGGCCGCGAGGGAAUUUGCCGCGUCGAAGAAAACGAUAAGGGUAUUCACAUAGCGUGGAUAGACCGGUCUCCAGAAGCCCUAAGACGACAGGAAGCAUUAAGACGCAAAGAGGCCCAGGAUCAAGGCAACGAGGAGAUAGAACAGCGAAUGAUUCGGGAGCAGAUUAAGCGAGCACAAGCUACCGCCGGCAGUCGGGAAGAGGAGAAAGAAGAGGACAAUGAAGCUCGAGAGCUAAAGCGACAAGAAGGCGAGAAGAUCAAGCUCUCAUUUGGAGCGAAGCCAGCUGCUUCUGAAAAGAAGUCAUCAGAGAGUCCGGUGCCAGAUACAACAACUCCUGAAGCAGAAUCUUCAAAGACAGCAGACACAAGUACGGACAAAGGCAAAGAGCCGGAAGCAGCGCCAGUAAAGCCCAGUGGAUUUGGAGGUAUCUCAAUGAAGCUUGGCGGAAAGCCUCAGGCCAAGAACGUUUUCGCCCAGGCCAAGAAGAACGCCCUCUCUUCAGGAUCGAAGAAACCAGCAAGGAUUGAACAGCCAAAGAAAAUGAGCGAGGCUGAACGUAUAAUGAAGGAGGAGAUGGAGAAGAAACGAUCAAGAGAGUCUGCUGGUUUCAGCUUUGGGAUGGGCUCUGGUAAGAAGCAGAGAAAUAACUGAUGAUAUUAGGGAUUGUAUAUCAGCCUGGACCGGGUUACAAGAGUUAUAGCAAAUGGCAAGGGUUCAAUUAUGUUAAGCCCAAUAAUUGCAUGGGGCGUUUUUGCUUUAUUCUACCAUAGAUACCACAACGACACUUUUUAAAUGAUCAUAUGCGAUUUUCAUAAUCUUUACUCUUAUGCCAGUCC